GCACGGGAAUGGAUAACUAUUUCUUCAAUGGUAUAUAUAUCAAAUGAAUUAAUACAUAAUAGAAAGACUUUACCAAUAUAUAUGAAAAAUAUUCAUUUUGUCUUAAUGCCAAUUGUAAAUCCAGAUGGGUAUACAUAUUCAUAUGAAAACGAUAGGCUAUGGAGGAAAAAUCGUGUUGAAACAUCUAACAACAAUUGUAUAGGAAUAGAUUUGAACCGUAACUGGAAUUAUGAUUGGUACCGUGAAAAAUCUGGGAAAAACUAUUGCUCGGCAUGUUACCAAGGACCAACUCCAAACUCAGAAUUAGAAAUUAAAGCAAUCAUUCGGUUUAUCUUAAAUAAUUUAACUAAAAUAAAGGGGUUUAUAACAUUACACUCAUACGGGCAAGCUAUUGUAUUUCCUUGGGCAUACACUAAAGAUCAUAUGAUAAAAGAAGACUAUGAUAAACUUCAGAACAUAGCUACAUCCAUGUCAUCAAAAAUAUUUAAGAAAACUUCAAACAUCUAUACUGUUGGUCCAGCAAGUACAGUGUUAUAUAGAGCAUCAGGAACGUCAAUAGAUUGGAUGAAAGGUAUAGCAAAUAUUAGAUAUGUAUUUGCAUUGGAAUUAAGAGAUACUGGUGCCAAUGGUUUUAUUUUACCAACUAGUGAAAUAAUACCAACAGGUCAAGAAGCAUUCUGUGCUGUUUCUGUACUAGCUAAAAUUGUUGAAUCUGAUAACCAAUCAAAAGGAACAUUUUGUAGGUCCAUACAUUCUUUGUUUAGUAUUAUGUUAAUAAUAUUUUAUUUCAAUUAAAUAAUUUAUUAAUAAUCUACAAAAAAAAAGUUAAGAUAAAUACAAAUAAUUAAUAAACAAAUUUUCAGCAUUUAAUCUGUGAGAAACAUUACUGGCGUACACUGAUACUAAAAAUUGAUUUAGAAACGUUUAAUAAGUGGCUCAAUUGCGUCCUGUGUGUUUUUGAAAAUAACCCGCUGCAGUAUCUUUUUUUUUUAUCAAUAUUGACGACGGUGGCAUGGGGGUCAGAUCCCCUCAUAGAGUGGAUAAUUCCAUAUUGUGAUUGAUGCAGUUGGCACAAAAAAGCCCAGCCCGAAAAAAAACCCGGGCUGUUUUUUUAGGUUAAACCCACUUGAUAUUUUGAAAAACCCAUAAAAAACCCGGGCUGCUUUUCUGGAUGAAAUAAAAAUGAACUCUAUUUUUUUUAUUAACUCAUGUUAAUUUUCACAGAAAUGUACGGACUAGGUAU